AUGAAUAACCGAGCAGCUUCUACGAAUGGGCCUGGUCCACUUGCCGCCUCUGCAGCCGCAGGAACUAAAGCCACCGCACCCGACGACAUUGCGUCGACCUCCCACGAGCCUUGGGUAACAUCAUAUGCCUCUUUCCCCCUUCCAGAUACCCCCGCAGUGCGACACCGUACUGGUUGUGAAGUCCCUCCAAACACGAUUGGUUCAUCUAUCAUGAACCCCGGUCCAUGGGCCAGAAUCAUCAUGUCUCUGCCGUUCAGGCUUGCCGGGAAGAGCUCUGACCCCAGAACCAAUGCUCUCAAGCUGUUGCAUGACAAACCUCUCCAACGAGAGCCCGUACUGCGACCGGUAUAUAGGGAUUGGACGAGUCUCCACCUCAUUCAGCGAAUCGCAAUUGUCACCAGCAAUAUUGAGUCCGCCUUGUGUCAAGUUGUUGGUGAUGUUGCGGAGGAGGAAUGCAGCGCCUGCGCCAGCAACUCGGGGCCAUGGUCUCUCUGCGUUCGCUACGUCGACGCGAAUAAUACUAUCCCUGAAUGUGCAAACUGCAGAUGGAAUGGCAAGGGUAGAAGAUGCAUCUUCAAGAAAUCCCCCAAGCCGGAAAUUUCUUCCUCUAUAUUCUCGGUCCCUGAUGAGCACGACAUGCUCGGAAAUCCAGCCCUGGGUAUUACUUCAAAUCUUGAAGAGCGCAGUCCAAUCGAAAAUGACACAAGCAGCAAUGAGGAAUCCUCGGCCACCCAGCACUGGGAAUCCCUUGCGCUGAUUUCAGACUCGACCAAUGAAUUUACGGAGAAGAUUCAUGAGGCGCUGAAGAAAUGGGUGGGAGGCAGACAGGCUCAUUAA